UUUUUCACUUUUUUACAAAGUGCGAAUUACUUUCACAAAUUGCAACACUGUUUAGGCAAUUAAAAGGAAAAUUGAGGAUUUUCAUACGUGUUCCAGGUUGAUAUUCCUGCCUUCAAUUGACCUCGUGCUGUGUGUUCUGUAGUAGAAGUAUUCUGUAGCAAGAAGGGACCAAACGAAAACUUAAACAUGCCAUCCAUGAAGCAAAUUCCUCUCACAUGCUCCGGUCAUACAAGACCCGUUGUGCACUUAGAUUUCAGUGGGCUCACAGACUGUGGUUACUUCUUGAUAUCAGCUUGUAAAGAUGGUAAACCGAUGCUGCGAAUGGGUGACACGGGAGAUUGGGUCGGUACGUUCGAGGGCCACAAGGGCGCCGUAUGGGGUGUAGCGCUGAACGAUCAAGCUACAUUGGCCGCCUCAGGAGCGGCAGAUUUUACAGGGAAAAUCUGGAAUGCUGUCACUGGCGAGGAAGUCCACAGUUUGCAGCACAAUCACAUCGUCAAAACGGUAGCUUUCAGUCGCGACAGCCAGUUCUUGGUUACGGGCAGUAACGAAAAAAUAGUGCGAGUGUUCGAUCUCAGCACAGAGGGAAAUGCGUUGGAAUCAUUUACCGGGCAUGCUGGUAGCGUAAAACGUGCGCUUUUUUGUCGCAAUGAAAAAUGUGUCAUUAGCUGUGCUGAUGACAAAUCUAUGCGACUUUGGGAUCGCAGCUCUGGGCAGGAAGCUCAUCGCGUCGAAUUCACUACGAAUCCGAAUGGUCUCGAAUUGUCCAAAGAUGGCACAAUUCUCACUGUAACCUAUGGUACAUGCAUUGGGUUUUAUGAAGCGGAUACACUCCUGAAGCUGAAAGAGAUUUCCAUCCCCACGCGAGUGGCCUCCGCGAGUUUGCAUCCCGAAAAGCAAAUAUUCGUUUGCGGUGGCGAGGACUUCAAAAUGUACAAGUAUGAUUACAUAACGGGCGAUGAAAUUGAAUCCUUUAAAGGCCAUUUUGGACCAGUUCAUUCAGUAAGUUUUAGUCCAGACGGGGAGCUCUAUGCUAGUGGUUCCGAAGAUGGUACGUUGCGGUUGUGGCAAACAACAGUAGGCAAAACCUACGGAUUGUGGAAAUGUUCGGAACCAACCGAUUUAAAUAACUCCGCAACGGCUAGCUGCCCAACGACUGCUUCACCAGCAUCCGCUACACCUGUUACUGCCAAUUGAAGAAAACAAGAAAAUAUAAUGAUGACACGCAGGCAGUAGUUCUGGGAAUAUUUUCUAGACUAAAUCAUCCGAGAAGUGGAGGACUGCGAAAUAAAACCAUGCAAAUUUUCAAUUUUAGCUGCCCUCCAACAUCAUACCAUAAUCCUGGAAAAAUAUUCUUCCAUUACCCAGAACUGUCAAUGCGAUGAGGUGUGGAUCGUUGUCUAUACUAUUAUUUAUUUUUCGAAGAAAUGUUUGGAUUCAAUGAUUUUUUAAUAAACAAAAUGUAAAAAAUAA